CCUUGUUUACUGUUAGAGGAUAACUGUGUUGGCCUUGUUUACUGUUAGAGGAUAACUGUUGGCCUUGUUUACUGUGUGAGGGUAACUGUGUUGGCCUUGUUUACUGUGAGAGGAUAACUGUGUUGGCCUUGUUUACUGUGAGAGGAUAACUGUUGGCCUUGUUUACUGUGAGAGGAUAACUGUGUUGGCCUUGUUUACUGUGUGAGGGUAACUGUGUUGGCCUUGUUUACUGUGAGAGGAUAACUGUUGGCCUUGUUUACUGUGAGAGGAUAACUGUUGGCCUUGUUUACUGUGCGAGGGUAACUGUUGGCCUUGUUUACUGUGUGAGGGUAACUGUGUUGGCCUUGUUUACUGUGAGAGGAUAACUGUUGGCCUUGUUUACUGUGUGAGGAUAACUGUUGGCCUUGUUUACUGUGUGGGGGUAACUGUGUUGGCCUUGUUUACUGUGUGGGGGUAACUGUUGGCUUUGUUUACUGUGUGAGGAUAACUGUUGGCUUUGUUUACUGUGAGAGGGUAACUGUUGGCCUUGUUUACUGUGUGAGGGUAACUGUUGGCCUUGUUUACUGUGUGGGGGUAACUGUUGGCUUUGUUUACUGUGUGAGGAUAACUGUUGGCUUUGUUUACUGUGAGAGGAUAACUGUUGGCCUUGUUUACUGUGUGAGGGUAACUGUUGGCCUUGUUUACUGUGUGGGGGUAACUGUGUUGGCCUUGUUUACUGUGAGAGGAUAACUGUUGGCUUUGUUUACUGUGUGAGGGUAACUGUUGGCCUUGUUUACUGUGUGAGGGUAACUGUUGGCCUUGUUUACUGUGUGAGGGUAACUGUGUUGGCCUUGUUUACUGUGAGAGGAUAACUGUCGGCUUUGUUUACUGUGUGAGGGUAACUGUUGGCUCUGUUUACUGUGUGAGGUAACUGUCGGCUUUGUUUACUGUGAGAGGGUAACUGUCGCCUUUGUUUACUGUGCGAGGGUAACUGUGUUGGCUUUGUUUACUGUGCGAGGGUAGCUGUGUCGGCUUUGUUUACUGUGCGAGGCUAGCUGUGUCCGCCUUGUUUACUGUGUGAGGGUAACUGUGUCAGCAUUGUUUACUGUGUGAGGGUAACUGUUCACUUUGUUUACUGUGUGAGGGUAACUGUGUUCGCUUUGUUUACUGUGCGAGGGUAACUGUGUUGGCUUUGUUUACUGUUUGGGGGUAACUGUGUUGGCCUUGUUUACUGUGCGAGGGUAACUGUUAGCUUUGUUUACUGUGAGAGGAUAACUGUGUUGGCCUUGUUUACUGUGUGGGGGCGCUCGUGAGCGCUCUGAACUCUGCCGCUGUUGUCGCUGUCUAACUGCCGCAGCACCUAAAUUGAGAAGAUUUGCUGUGAACCUGUGAGCGGAGCGGCAUGAACGGAGCGGAGCGGCCCGUUUCUGGGGGCUUUUCUGUGACGCCGACUCUCCUGCGGGGGGGUUAAACCGUUAGGAGACAGAUUCAUCCCUCAGAGCUGGGCUGAAGUGGGUUUGGCUAAAGGCAGCUAAGUUAGCUCAGUCAGCGACCUGUGAGGAAGCAGAGCAGAGCAGAGCAGAGCAGGGAGGACAACAGCGGAGCCGCUGCUGCUGCUGUCCGUAGGGAAGGGCUGAUUUCAGGACUCCGGAAGGGACUUUACCCACGUCACCCACAAAAUCCUGAAUUUUUCCGGACUGUCAUCUCAGCCCGAGGCCUGAAUGCCGGUGGGGUCGGGUUGUGUUGUUUAUGUAGCCGCUAGCCUCCUAUUUACUGAGAUAUGCAGCCUAUAGCUAGCUAACGUUAGCUGGAGUACACGGUAACUGAGGCGUCUGAGGAUUUGUCGUUAAUUUUAGUGGGAAUACGAACCUGGACGGGCUGUAACGGUGUGGUUUUGUGUCCUUAUUUUUCGUCUGGUCUCGUUUUAUCGUCGCGAGUGAGGAUCAAAUGUGUGGAGCUGCCUUUGUAAGCAGCGCCAAAUCCCUGUUAGCUUGUUUUCCUCCGUGUUUCUCCUCAUUAGCUGAGCUAGCUGGCGUUCCGCUCCUCGGUGGUCGAGCUGGUCGCUGAAUCGGUUCUGUGUGCCUCGGUUUCUGUCCUGUAUGAGGGAGUCAGUAUGUCCAGGUGCUGGAGGUCCAGACCCAGACCCUCUGUCCGGCUCUGCCCCCCCGGUCUGGGGUCUGUGGUGUUGCAGGUUUUGUGGUGGUCAGUGUGUUUGGUUCGCUCGGACUCCAGCGUGGUGGUUCAGAAAGAUGCCCAGUUCGGGGUCCUUUAUCUGGACACGGUGACCAGCCACAACCAGACCAUCUACUCCUUCAACCACACCGUGUCCAGGAACAAGACGGAGGGCCUGCGAGUGUCGGUGGAGCUGCUGCUCUCUGAGACCACUAAGAGUCCUAUCCUGUUUGUCGUUCGUCAGAAGCAGGCCGUUCUCUCCUUCCAGGUUCCGCUCAUCCUCCGAGGCCUGUAUCAGAGGAAGUAUCAGUACACCCAGGUGGGUCGGACCCUUUGCCAGCCCCCAACAGUCCUCCCGUCUGAAACUCAGUUUUUCUACGUGGACGUGUCCACUCUGUCCUCCACCAGCGUCCAAUACCAGCUGCAGGUCAGCCGGGUGGAGAGCUUCACGCUGCAGACGGACAAGAAAUUCAGCUUCAAUGCAACUCCCUCCCAGCCCCAGUUUUUUAAAUAUGUCUUUCCUGAGGGCGUGGACACGGUUAUUGUGAAAGUGAAUUCUGAGAAGAAUUUUCCCUGCUCCGUCAUGUCCAUUCAGGAUAUCCAGUGUCCUGUGUAUGAUCUGGACAACAACGUGGCCUUUAUCGGAAUGUAUCAGACCAUGACCAAGAAGGGAGCCAUUACAGUGCAGAGGAAGGACUUCCCAAGCAACAGUUUCUACGUGGUCGUCGUGGUGAAGACGGAGGACGAGGCGUGCGGCGGGCCGCUCAAGUUCUACCCCCUUUUGCCCGAUGAGCUGUUGGAUGCUGGGAAUCGCAGUAAAACUCUGGACGUGGUCGUCUCUCCUGCCAUUAACUCGGAGGUGUAUGUGAUGGGGAUGCUGUUCUGUCUCGGCAUCUUCCUGUCCUUCUACGUGCUGACCUUCCUGGUGGCCUGCAUAGAGAACAAAAGGAUGAACAGAAAGAGGGAGGGCUUUCUGCAGCCUGCUGACAUGUCACCAGCAGAGACAGCCUCUCUGUUAGGUAAAGGUCUGACUCCAGCCUCUCCGUAUGAAUACGGCUCCUUCGCUGAUAACGGCAGCACGUUGAGUUCAGAGCCCGUCACGGACAGUUUGGCGUCAGCUGAAGGCUCCUAUGGAUACAUGGGACAGGAGACUUUCAAGCGUCGGCCAAUCGGCUCACACCACGUAGCCAUCCGCUUCGAGCGAUCCAUGGACACGGUGGGUCGCUGUCGGCAGGAGUCUUUGAGCUCGGUAGAAGAGGACGAUUACGACACGCUGGCCGACAUCGACUCCGACAAGAACAUCGUCCGCACUAAGAAGUACCUGUGUGUGGCUGAUCUGGCUCGUAAAGACAAGCGCGUCCUGAACAAGAAGUACCAGAUCUACUUCUGGAACAUCGCCACCAUCGCUGUGUUCUACGCCCUGCCGGUGAUCCAGCUGGUCAUCACCUAUCAGACGGUUGUCAACGUGACGGGAAACCAAGACAUCUGCUACUACAACUUCCUGUGUGCUCAUCCUCUCGGGGCUCUGAGUUCCUUCAACAACAUCCUGAGUAACCUUGGUUACGUGAUGCUGGGGCUGCUGUUCUUGCUGAUUGUGCUGCAGAGGGACAUCCUGCACAACCGCGCUCUGGUGCGCAAUGACGUCACCGCACUGGAGUGCGGUAUCCCGAAGCAUUUCGGCCUUUUCUAUGCGAUGGGAACGGCUCUGAUGAUGGAGGGGCUGCUGAGCGCCUGUUACCACGUCUGCCCGAACUACACCAACUUCCAGUUCGAUACGUCCUUCAUGUACAUGAUAGCUGGGUUAUGUAUGCUGAAGCUGUAUCAGAAGAGACACCCGGACAUCAACGCCAGCGCCUAUACGGCGUACGCCUGCCUGGCUGCGGUCAUUUUCUUCUCCGUACUGGGAGUGGUGUUUGGUAAGGGUAACACAGCGUUCUGGAUUGUGUUCUCGGUCAUUCAUAUCCUGGCCACACUGCUGCUCAGUACUCAGCUCUACUACAUGGGCCGCUGGAAGCUGGACUCUGGAAUCAUGCGCCGGAUGCUGUAUGUGAUCUACACUGACUGCAUUCGCCAGUGCAGCGGACCCAUGUACAUAGAUCGAAUGGUGCUGCUGGUGAUGGGCAACAUCGUUAACUGGUCUCUGGCUGCGUACGGACUCAUUAAAAGGCCGAACGACUUCGCCUCGUACCUCCUGGCUAUCGCCAUCUGUAACCUGCUGCUGUACUUCGCCUUCUACAUCAUCAUGAAGCUGCGGAGCGGAGAGCGGAUCCACUGUUUGGCGCUGGUGUGUAUCCUCUUCACCGCUGUGGUUUGGGGCUUCGCGCUCUUCUUUUUCUUCCAGGGACUCAGUACCUGGCAGAAAACGCCGGCCGAGUCUCGUGAGCACAACCGGGACUGUAUCCUCCUCUCGUUCUUUGACGAUCACGAUAUCUGGCACUUCCUGUCAUCCAUCGCGAUGUUCGGCUCCUUCCUGGUGCUCCUGACGAUGGACGAUGACCUGGACAGCGUCCAGAGAGACAAGAUCUACGUCUUCUAACUCCUUUUCUAGCCAAUCACUGCACAAACCGGCAGCGUUCGCUGCCCUGAGGGUGGGUCGACCGCACUGGACCGGACCGAGUGAGCCGGGGGCUCUGCGUAGAACAGGACACUGAAUGUGCCGAUCACACCCGCCUGGUUCACUUUGCACCUGCUGGAGCUCGUCCUGUUGUUGUCGUCGUCGCCGUGGUAACGGUCAAUCUGUCUCCAUGACGCUGUGUCUUUCGAAACGAUGAUGGUCAACGCUUCAACGGUUUAAAUCGAGAAUAAUCAGACCUGCCAUGCAAACGUCAAUGCAUUUUGUCAAUUCUGUGCUGCGUGUUUGAGGGUGUGUGUGUGUGUGUGUGUUUCUGACCUUCUGUGUGUGUGUGAGUGUGUGUGUGUGAGUGUGUGUGUGAGUGUGUGUGUGUGUGUGUGUGUGUGUGUGAGUGUGUGAGUGUGUGUCCAGAUGACUUGUGGCCUUCCAUGUUUCGAUUUGGGGUCCUGUUGGGUUUAACUGAUCGCAGAAGAAUUACUGUAGCUGUUCAGCCUUUUCAGAAGAUGAUGAUAACGCUGGUGGUGGAAUCGAUUUGCACUGUAAAAAUGCUUUUAAGAAAAAAUGUUACAGAAUAAAGUCUUUGUAUGUUUUUCAAUACUGUAAA